GAAUAACUUUCUUGUUCACUAUCAGUUCGAUUUUUGACCACAUAAAGGCUCGAAGGCCUUACUCGUAUCGCUUAAUAUAUCACGCGGCAAAGGUGGGUGGACAUAAAGUGAGAAACUGUGCUGGACAUUUAAAUAAUGUAAUUUAGUAAAUGUAUGGUGUUUAGUGCGGUCAUAUAUGACAGUCGCAGAAUGACAUUGUUAUUCAUUUGCGAUGAAUACCGGUACAAAUGAAACAGGAAGUGACAUUCGCAAGCAAAAAGGACUAAAGUAAACCCGGCAGUUAUUUUCCCUAAUAUAUAGUGAUAUUGUGAAGUGUUUACUGUACCAGAAGUGACGACCAUGGCGGCAGAAGUGUUUCAUCGCGCGGCGGUAGACGGCUACCUGGACAAGCUGAAGGAGGGAAACCGGAAGCAGAUGAACACACCGGACGAGGACGGGUGCACGCCCGCCAUGUUGGCUGCCCAGCACGGGAACCUGGAGGCGCUCCGCAUCGUCAUCACACGCGGGGGUGACCUUGACAAGUCUGACCUACAGGGGUUCACGGCUCUACAUCACGCAGCCAAGGGAGGUCACUUCAACUGUGUGUCGUUCCUGGUCAACUUCGGUGUUAAUGUGUGGAAACUGGACAACGAGUACCACACGGCCAUGGACUUGGCGGCCCUCGAGAACAGGGAGAACAUCGUCAGCGUGCUCGACAUGACGCAAGGCGAGCAGAUGAAGAAGAACCCCAAAAUGGUCCAACAACUGAAAGAAAAGGCGUUGAAGGAGGCGGAGAGAAAUAUUCAAUAUUUUGAGAAAAUGCAAACCAAAGCAUCUAAAGACUUAGAAAGGAUGCGCCGCCAACAGGAGAAACAGACACAAGUGAAUGGCGACUUUAAGGCACCGUCCGAUGAAGGAUUGUUCAAGCGGCUCACGUACCGAUUGAAGAACCGCACGGCUUCUAAGGCGACGGCGAACGGAUCAGUGCAGUCUUUCUCUGCUCACGCCGGGACUCAAUCAAAAGCAACUUUAAAAAAGAUGGUAAAUGGGAACCAAAAUGGCACAGCGCCUUUUGAGUUUAAAGUGAGCGAGCAAGAUGGCAGUGGUACGAGAACAAUAAGAUCAGUGAAAGGGACGAUGUCUAGGAAUGGCAGCGAAGUGUUGUAUGUGCGCGAUAUCGACAUUGGUGAAGACGACACAGUGGAUGCUUCGGACGGCGGCUCCAGACCGGCACUAACAGGAGCUUUUCCUGACAUUGUACUUAAAGAUGACUCUAAUUUCGAAGGAGGAAAUGAAGACGAUGGCCCAGGAAUAUUUAGCCGGCCGAUGUUUGGAAAAUUGUCGUUUCUUAAGCAGUUUGAUCAUUUAAAAGCCACAGAUCCUGCUGACGAAGACGAUUUAGAAAACGAUUUUACGAACAUGAACGGCGACGGCGGAUCAUCUGAAACUUCCAGACAUUCAAAAGAAGAGUUACCCUGGAACGCUGACGAUGUUGAACAGCUUGACGACGAUGAGGACGACACGGAAUACACGCCCGUGGUCAUGUUCCUGGAAGGCUGUGGCCUGACGCAUUACGCACAUUGCUUUUUGGAAGGCGACGUCGACAUGGACGCGCUCAUGCGCUUGACCAGUCAAGAUUUUAAGGACAUGGGACUUCCCAUAGGACCACAGAGGAAAAUAAUGGACGCCAUACAGAGAAGAAGGGUUGUGCUAAACGAGCCCGCACAAAUGUACGACUCCCAAUUGUGACAUCUUUUCCGCAUAAUAUAUAGGCUAUUGUUGUAGAACAUUUUCGUCUGUCAGUAUUACCACACGAGUCAAUGUUAGAAAACGACCACGGACGGUUUCAUUCAAGGAUUUUAGUCGUAUCUUAAUUCUGUAUAAUUGUCACAAAUCGAUACCGCAUUUUUAAUACUGGCUAGAGUUUUAAUACAUACAUAUAUGUAGCAAUAUAAUGAACUAUCAUACUACGUUAAGUUCUAAGAUCUUCAUUGAAGUGGGUCCCUGACAAGUAUACAUUGCUUAAAUUUCCUAUCACUAAGCAGAACAUUUUUCGAGACAUGCUUUUCGUUGUAUAUAUCAGUUGAGUGAAGCGAUUCACGAACGUCAUUUAUUCUUAUAUACAGUUAUAUGUUUCCUGUGUAAUUGUUCGUUUUCUGUGAAAUAAAUAAAAUAGAGUAAACAGA